CUGUAUAAGUAAAUGUACAUAGAUACAUUUUAUUGGCUUAGAAUGAAAUUAGAAUUGAAAAUUUCACCAUUAUGAAGAUGACUCUAGUAUACCAAUGAGUUAAAGUUUUGUAUAUUUUGAGUAUAUAAUAUAAAUAUUAUCAUCUCUAAAUCUCUAGAUUAGUUAGAUUAACUGUAGAGAUAAAAUAAAAAAAGAAGAAGUAAUUAAGUCUGCAUUCAAUUAUUCUGCUCUAUAAAUAUGCUUUCCUGGCUUUCAAUUGCUUCUAAGAAGAGAGAACUUUUGAUCUUCAGCGAUUGCCAAAAAGAAAAAAAAAAAAAAAGAAAAACGAAUGGGGGUUGAAGUAGAGUUCAUUUCCCAAGAGCUAAUCAAGCCAUCGUCUCCUACACCUGACCAUCUUCGCCAUUUUCAGCUCUCCUUUCUUGAUCAAAUCCAAGUCCCAGUUUGGAUGCUUUUUGUCUUAUUUUACUCUAAAGAACCUAACACUAGCAACUUAGCAAGAUGCAACCAAUUAAAGAAAUCCCUAUCAAAGACUUUAACCAUAUUCUAUCCACUUGCUGGACGUGUAAAUAACAACACCUCUAUCCAUUGUAACGAUGAAGGUGUCCUCUUUGUUGAAGCUCAAGCAAAUUGUCAACUCUCAGACAUUCUUCGGAACGCUAACCCUAGCGACAACAACAAGCUCAUUCCUCUUCCACUUGAUGAUGGCAAAGGUUUGGCAGCUUUUCUCCAAGUUACUUUCUUUACCUGUGGUGGUUUAGCCAUUUCUCUUGCUAUGUCCCAUAAGCUCGGUGAUGCCUUGUCAAAGUUGAUAUUCCUCAACUGUUGGGCUGCCAUCACUCGAGGAGAUACUGAUCCUAAUAUCAUCGGUGUCUCUCCUUCCGGUUCAGCCACCCUCUUUCCACCCAAAAUCCUUUCUGGGUUUGACGCUGGGGCUGCCAUUGUGAAAGAUAACAUUGUCACAAAAAGGUUUGUCUUUGAUUCUUCCACCGUAUCAGGACUUCGAGCUAAAUAUAAGCAUAAGAAUGGCUGCAGCGUGUCCAGAGUGGAGGCUUUGGCUGCUUUCAUAUGGAGCCGCUUCAUGGCUGCCACCCAGGCAGAUAGAACUGAUAAUAAGCUCUACAUGGUGCUUCAUGCGGUGAACUUGCGGCCAAGAAUGGAACCGCCUCUCUCAAAUCUGUAUUUUGGUAAUAUCACCAGAAUAGCCACCACAAUGGCUGACAUGAAUGCGAAAGAUGACGAGUGUUAUGGAAUUGUGAGCCGGAUGAACAAUGCCAUAAGAAGUGUGAACGCAGACUUUGUGAAAAGCCUUCAAAAGAGCGAUGGCCACUUGAAUUUCCUCAAGGAGGAGGCAGGGAAAAUAACCAAAGGAGAGCUGAUUCACUUUGCCUUCACUAGCUUGUGCAAAUUUCCUGUAUAUGAAAUUGAUUUCGGAUGGGGAAAACCUGUGUGGGUAGGUUCAGCUUGCUUGGUUUUCAAGAAUUUAGCUCUUUUCUUUGACACUAAAGAAGGGAACGGGAUUGAAGCAUGGAUUAACUUGAAGGAAGAAGACAUGGCUAAAUUUGAGCUGGAUGAGGAGCUUCGUGCACAUAUUACUUCGACUCCGAAUGGCAAUUCCAAUACUAAAUCAAGGUUAUGAGCCAAAUAUCUGGCUACUUGUUUAAGUAAUCAAAACAAAUAAAUCAUUUACCAAUUUCUAUUACUUCAAA